AUGCCAUCUCAGCAGAGGGUUCCCCCAGCUCUCAACCUAGGGUUUGAUGACCAGAAGAGUUUGCAGACGGGUCGAUACAUUGUUGAUCCUGCCCUGAGUCUGUUCAGCGAAACGCCUGUAGCUAGCAAGAUCAUAGUGAGCAGGCAGUCAGUUACAGGCAAGGUAGCCAAAUCAGCAGCCGAGAGCGCGCUCAACAGGGGAAAAACUGCUGGAGCGGACGUCAAGCGCAAGUUGCAUGAGGACCCUUCCACAUCAGGCGCCGAGUCUUCAGACAGCAAGGAGCGCUGCCAUGCCAAUGGUGCGGCAGUUUCUUCUCUCACGUCUCAGGCGACGAAGUUCCUCGCGGGCAUUCAGAACGGGACGUGCUCGAUCUAUGAGCUGGGGGGCGGUUCGGAACGAAGAGACGAGGGUUCCCCUCGCCUGGUCUUCCUCAUGACCGUCUGGAACCACAACGAUGGCAGGCCAAAGCCGCUUGGACGACCGAACAAAGCCAAAGCCUUGCUCGAAACGGUCCACUGGGACACCCUAGGGAAGGCCAGCUGCACCUGCGACCGCGGGCGCCUGGGUUCGGACACUCCAUGCGUCCACAAGUUGGCGCUCGCGGCUUUGGGGUCGCGCCAGCAAGCCAGCCACGUUGCGCUCCAGAAGGGCAGGCGGGUGAUCGAGGUUCUAUGCAGCAGAGGGGCUGAGCGGGUCUUUGGCGUCUACUGGAAUGCAGCUUCCCCUUCGCCCAAGCGGACGAUGGUGCACAAGCAUGAGGGCGCGCAAGAGGAGUGGUACUGCCAGGGCAAGCAGUCGGGUUGUAGCACGUCGGGAGAUUGCGACCACAUUUGCGCUGUCAAAGACGCUCUCCGUCCAGGCAGAAGCAUCGAGCGAGUGAGCGGUUGCUUGUUCUCUGAGGAUCGACUGGCAAGGGCACGUGCCUGGCUGCUCGAAACGGACAGGAAGGAGGAGAGAAAAGGGGCGCCGGAGUCGAAAGAGGGAGGCUCGGCAGAAGUGUCGUCCGACCUGUCUUCGGUCAAACGGUACCUGAUGGAACUUUGCGUGGGCCAGCCUCAUAAGGCAGGCUGCAAAGGGGCCUCGUGCUUCUGCAAGCAGCACCAGCAGCUCUUCGGAGGGGCAGAUUUCGAGCGGGGGACUUGCGAGAACGGGUGCUGCCAAGUCGCGACUGACGCGCGCGAGGCCGGGGGGAAGAGAGGAAGACAUGAGCCGGGAGGUCGUUGCUCAGAACGGGUGCCAAAGCGGUCGAAAACGUUCUGGGCAGCUCAGCCAGAGCGGGAAGGUGGGCAGUUGACGGGAACGGGGGCGCUGCAAGCUGAAAAGGAAGAGGUUGUGCCUGCGCACGCUGCGCCGCAGGCGUUGGGUGGAGGGGACGGAAGGGACGCAAUGAACGGCGUAACCAGAGUGUGCGCAAGCUGCGUAUGCCCGGCUUCGGCUUGCCCCCAUGUUGCCGGGAGUCCGCUCUGGGCUCCGGUACUGCCUUUGGACGCGAAAGGUGUGCAGCUCGAGCUCCCAAAGCUGGUUCGGCCGACUGACAGCUUCGAGGUGCACGAUCCGCUGGUGACGUUGCUGCGGCGGCCAGUGAGAGUGAGCGAGCUCGUGCAGAGGGACUUCGAGGAGCUGAGCGCCGCGGGGUGCUUGUCUGCACCUUGCCCAAAGCCCGGGCUGGCUCCCUGUGGCACCGUGUGGCAAGCGUUGCUGCAGAGUGCAUGCGUGCAUUCACUGCGCUGGUCGCAAGAGGUCAAGGUUCGGGUCUAUUGCUGCGGAUGCCCGUUGAAGCACACCGUCCACUUCAACGGAGAAGCGCUUGGCCUGUACGCGUGGAGCAGGGCCAUCAUCGUCACGCAAGAGUCCUGCCAGCUCCUGCUCCGUUCGAUUCAAGGGACGGGAUCAGCGUUCAGCGCUCUGAUCGGCGCACAGAAGGCGGUCCGGGGGCUCUUCUCGCCGGGUGCCGCUCCUCUCCUCAGCGAGGAAUCAUGGAGAAAGGUCUGCUUGGCCUUCUUCCGGCUGUGUGGGCGAAGCAUCCUCGAGUGCUGCAGCCUUUGCGGGCCUCACCCAGACGUUCUGCUCUGCGACGGUAUCGCCGGGCUAGCGUGCGCGGAUGGUAGCAGAUCGAAAGGGGGGCUCGCAGGGACGGCGGCAAGCGAACUCCGGCCAUUCACAGCUCCGAGCCGGAACGGAUUCGGAGAGACCGUCGUGAAGCACAUGGAAGCCGGUGUGAACUUCAGCGCGACUGCGCUAGAGGGGCGGGGACUCAAGAGGCGCCUGAUCCACCAGCCGGAGCUGCGGGCGAUGUUGGCGCGCUACAGCCAGCAUCAUCCAAAGGACCCAGAACUGGGGUCGCAGCUGAGCGAGAGUGAAUUCCACGAGCUGCUGGUUGCGCUGGAUCGUGAUGACGUGGAGCUCGUCUCGGAGUUUGUCGCCAACCCUGACGAUGCGGAUGCCGAGCCCGUCUUGCUUCACUGGAGAAGGCGCCUUUUGCAGGAGCAGAUCGGGCAGAUCCGAUCGAAGAACCGAGCUGCACGGCUGCUAUUGAAGGGGAUCAGGGGGGAGACCCUUGCUGCGCCUGGCGCCAACCCCGGUCGAGUGCGUUCGCCACGAAAAUGGUGGGCAGAACUGCUCUACGCUCUGGGGACCCCCCAGUCCGUCGCAGACGACAGUAACCUGAUCCAGCAUGGAGCGGCAUUGGCUGUUGUCCGGAAGAUACUCCUGGGAGGCUCAGCAGAUGAGCGGGGAAAGGCCGUGCUGGCUGAGCAUGCGCCCAUGCUUCGUAGGUUGCUAGAUAGCUACGACGGAGUGUUUCCGGCAUUCUUUUUGCCCACGCUCCACCACUUGUACCGGCUGACGCUGUUUGGACGCGGGGCAGUUGGGCUGGGGGUUGGUCGAGCCGGGUGGGCGCUGUCUGCUAUCGAGGGGUUGGAUGCCUGCGUUUGGCUGCUGCAGUUGCGACGGGACGUCCCAGGGUCUUGGAACGAGGAGCGAGAGGAGAGCUACAACUUCUGGAGAGGGAGAGCGAAUCGGCUGCUUCCCGGCGUUGAGGCUCUGCGCCCACCAAAACCCCCCGAGUAUGCCCUUAACCAAGCCGAGCGCGAGCUGCUGCACGAUCGGCUGGGGUUCUCCGGGGACGGACGGCUCCUCGAAGCGCUCCCCAACGACCACCCUUACUGCCGAGAGCAGAACGUGCUCGGCUGCUAUCCCCUCCCCGGUUGGGAGCAGAAACGGCCCAUGCCUCAGUACAAGCCGUUUGAAGAUGAGCUUGGUCGGGCAGUCGAGAGCAGCGAGGAGCACCGCUGUAAGAGCAGUCUCACGGUCGGGGAGUUUGAUGCCAAGGUUGCGGCUGCCAAGAGUGAAAAGGCGGGCAAGCGGCUGCAGCGGCAUACAAAAGGGGGUUUCGUGUUCUGUUGCCCGCACAGGGUGAUUUACAGCUUUCAUGCCAUGCUCGGGGGGAGUCUCCUCGUGAUCCCUUUGCGGUUCCACUUCCAGAAGACUGGCGCGGAAGCUCACAAGUGCGGCCCUCAGUAUAACCCUGACUACUACGACGCUGUGCGCUGGGUUAACAGUUCAGCGGUGGAGAGCGUCAACUCCUUCUUGAUCAAGUUCAAGGUGCUAGGUUGGUUUAGUGGUCUCCAGGCGUUCAUGAUCAUCCUAGCUAACGUAGUGAGCGGGCGCAACGCAGAAUUGACACGUGUUGAUGACCAGAAGAUUAAGAUCGCCUGCAGGAUUCAUUUAUGGUCGCCGGCAGUUCGCGCAGCUCUCUUGUACAGGUGA